AUGAAUCAACGACUAUUGUCUUUCUUUAGCGCUGUCAACCCUAACUGGAGCGAAUGGCGGUCUUAUUAUGAAGAUUCAGAAGACGAAGACUCGGAAAAAUUGGGUUCAGAAGAGAGUGACUCGGAAGAAGGCAGCGAUACCGAUAAGGGCAAUCCAGAAGUGAGCGAUGCAGAAGAGAACGACUCAGAGGAGGAAGAUCCAGAAGAAGAAUUUACAGGCGAAGACGAUACAGAAGACCGAAAAACAGGAUCUGUAUACUCCGAGGCAGGCCCAAUCCCCGGGGGCAGGACUUAUUAUGCUGCCCUCUUCGGCCUGGAAUAUGUGAUGAAGUAUCUACACAAGACUGGUAUUUUUGACAAAGACCAAUCUGGCGGAGAGCAUGGCAAUCCUCUCCAGGCCGCCGCCUUCAGAGGACAGACAGGGGCGCUCAAGUUUCUUCUCGAUGUUGGGGCCAAUCCAGAAGCUGAAGGCCGGUUUGGCAGUGCACUACAUGCCGCAGUCUCAGGCAACCAGGAAGGGUCAGUUGCCAUGUUACUACGUCAUGGGGCAUCCGUUUCAGUCGCCAAUCGAUCUGGGCAAACUCCACUGUCCCGUUCCAUUGAUGUUGGUAACUAUACGAUAACUCAGCAACUCCUCGACAACAAUUCCGAUCCGUCUACUGCUGAUAACAAUGGCUCAACUCCUCUCAUGAUGGCCGCCUUUUAUGGUCGCCAUGAAUUAGCCAGGUUGCUCGUUGAGAAUGGCGCUUCAGUCAGUGCAAAGGAUAAUGUCCAACAUACGGCUCUCCAUUGGGCAGCGUAUGGUGGCCAUGCUCCUAUCGUCGAACUCCUUCUCGAUAACGGUGCAGAUCUUUUACUUUGCGAUACUGAAGAUCCAACGCCUUUAAUUCAUGCGGCUCGACAAGCUCACACAGAAGUGGUUAAAGUCCUUCUUGAUCGAGGCGCAAACAUCAAUGUCAUUAACAAGGAUGAUGAAACCCCCCUCAUUGCUGCAAUUAUAAAAGGUCAUAAAGACAUUGUCAAGCUUCUUCUUACACAUAAUGCAGAUCCUGCAAUAACUGGCACUAAUGAUGGUUGGAAUGCACUGAUAUACGCAACAUGUCUCGGCGACCUGGAAAUAGUUCGAAGCCUUGUCGAUUAUGGCGCGGAUCCCAACUUAUGCACUACGGAAGGGGAAUCACCAUUGUUGUGGGCUGUUAUCAAUGGACACCUCUGUAUAGUCAAAUAUCUCCUAGAUCUAGGAGCAAGCACCGCAGCCCCUGACUCAGGCGGAUGGACACCGCUUCAUCAUGCAGCAUCCCAAAACAAUCUUGAGAUUGUGAAAGCUCUUUUAGAUUCAGGGGCAAGCCCGAAUGUCUUUGGCUUGAAUGAUUUGACACCGCUUACAGCUGCAGCACAAAGUGGCCAUCUCAACGUGGUCAAUGCCUUUCUAGAUUCGGGUGCGAUCUCAGGAUCUUCAGGCUCGGACGGCUGGUCGCCCUUAAUUGCUGCGGUAGCUACCGGUCGUCUUGAAGUGGUCAGAGCCCUUAUAGAUGCAGGUGUCAGUCCUAGAGUCCCAGAUUCGAACGGCUGGUCACCUCUCGCAUUUGCAGCAUUUCAAGGCUAUCCUGAGAUUUUCAAAAUCCUUCUGGAUUCGGGCGCAGAUAUACUAGCAUUGGCAGAUAAACAACAGACCCGAGUAACCCCUAUACAUGUUGCGUCUGAAUGCGGUCAUGUCGAUUUUGUGCAGCUGCUACUAGAUGCUGGGGUUGAUGUCAAUAUUCCGGCCGGCGAUGGGUCCACCCCCUUGCAUCAUGCUGUUCGAUCCGAUCGUUUUGAUGUGAUUGGAUGUCUACUCCAAAAUCAUGCAUCCUUGAGCCAUCAAGAUAUGUUCGGGUGCACACCGUUUCAGUAUGCGGAUGAAGCAACCAUGGACACCUUACUGGAACAAUUCCAAGAGUGCGAACAAUACAGCCACCCCACCGAAGAUGCUCGCCAGCAACGGAUUAUAAAAUCUAUUCAAGCCCUUUCUGGAACGCCGAUGCCCCUCGAGAAAAAGGAUCUGAUUCUCUUGGAUACUCUAGGGCGUUGCCUUUUGAAAUUCAGAGACUUGUCGGCGGCCGCAAAGGUCUUCAACGCAACCUUGCAGCUUGACGAGAAGAGCGAGAAAAUAGCCCAUAAUGGCGUCAUCUGCGACGAGUGUCAAGAAGAUUUAUUUGGAGAACGAUGGGUCUGUACCUCGUGCUACUUUGAGAACCUAUGCGCUGCCUGCAUGGCGAAGUUCCCAGAUGGCGCUGAACGAUCUUUCUGCUCUGGACACGAGUACUUCCGCGUUCCAGCCGGUGACUGGGACGCUAGCCGACAAACGGAUGUAUACACUGAGGAGUUCGUGGCGUGGCUGAAGGAGCUCCAGGUUCAGUAUGGAGUCGCUGCUCUGUAA